UACCACCUCGUACAUAUGUACCUACCAGUCACUUUAAAGUGUGGACAAAGCAAAACGAAAAUCUCACGAUGAGCAAAUUGACGCACCGAGAUCCGAACAGAGCAGCCUUACUGUCGAGGACCCCAUCCUACAAUAGCAGUCCCUCGUCGAAUCCAGGAGCGACGACGAUCCCGAACUAUGGCCGCUCGUAUGGCUCCUAUGACCAGCAACUCCCAUUCUCUUCCUCUUCCUCUUCCUCCUUCUCGAAUCAUCGAACAGCCGAAGAACUCGAAUCUCAGAAUGACGAGGCUAUCGAAGGUCUUAGUGCGAAAGUUAGACUACUUAAAGAAAUCACUGUUAAUAUCGGUACAGAAGUGAAAGAAUCUAGUAAUCUGAUUGCCACCCUAAAUGACAAGUUUUCAGAAGCCACGGGAGUAUUAUCAGGGACGUUCAAGAAGAUGGCCCGGAUGCCCAAGAACCAGUAUGGAAGAUGGUGGUACUGGUUCUUGUUUUUAAUUGUCGUUUUUUGGAUCUUCGUCUUUACUUGGCUAUGGAGACGUUGAUAUAUGAACACACAAGAGAUCGUCCACCAACACUCCUACACACCCGUCACCCUCCCAACCUGACAAGAAAAAUAUAUGGAAUUGUAGUAUUGUUUUGUUGUUUGAAAGCUACCCCGCAUUGGUAGAGGAUGUAAACAAGGAGAAGUUCUGAUUGGAUGCUCACUUGAUUUGGUAUGAAGAAGCAGCAGAUACGAAAUAAGAUUUUUUAAGCAAGAUUGUUCCGGGUCUUCAUCUCAUCAAACUCUUUCUUCAGG